AUCAUAUUUUUUGUGUUUUCUGUAUUCAGCCAUGUUAAAGAAGCCGGUGGUCACGGAGGUCCGAACCCCUACUAACACGUGGAGUGGUCUGGGAUUCUCAAAGUCUAUGCCUGCAGAAACUAUUAAGGAGUUGCGCCGGGCUAACCAUGUGUCUUAUAAACCUACCAUGUCAACUACAUAUGAGGGGUCGCCUCUAGCCCUGUCCCGCUCUAACAGUAGAGAGGGGGUGGCGAGUGGCAGUGACUCGGAUAACUGGAGGGAAAGGAAUGGGAGCGGGCUCCCAGCACACGGAGACUUCCCUUCUCCCAUCAGCCCCAAAAGGAAGCAGAACAAAACAGAGCACUACCUAAGCAGCAGCAACUACAUGGACUGCAUCUCGUCGGUGACGGGAACUAAUGGCUGUAAUCUCAACACGUCUUUCAAAGGAUCGGAUCUGCCUGAGCUCUUCAGUAAACUUGGCCUCGGGAAAUACACCGACGUCUUCCAGCAGCAGGAGAUUGACCUUCAGACGUUCCUCACGCUGACGGAUCAGGACCUGAAAGAGCUCGGCAUCACUACAUUUGGAGCCCGCAGGAAAAUGCUGCUGGCCAUUUCAGAGCUGAAUAAGAACCAAAGAAAGUUCUUUGAGCCGCCCAACAUCCGCUCCUCGUUCCUGGAAGGGGGCGCCAGCGGUCGGCUUCCGCGCCAGUUCCACACAGACAUUGCCAGUGUGAGCGGGCGCUGGUGAGCCCAUGCCAACAGACAGCCUGAAACUGCACAAAUUCCCAUUCCCAACUCCAACCUGAUACACAGUACUGGACCAAAACCUGGACCUUCUGAACCUUCUGUGCCAAAUAAACAAAAGUCUAUGGAUCAGAGGUUAAGGGUCAGAGAACUGUUGAAUAUUAUAUGCAGUGUGGUACAUUAUGCAUUAUGGUACUCAUUUUACAAUGAAGGAAAUGUAGUAAAGGAUGAUUGGAGCUCCUGCACUGUGCUUGUAUAUGGAGCAGGCAGAUUUUUUAUUUAUAUGCUUGUCUUAGGCUUCGACAUACUAAUUCUUUGCACUUUAAGAUGCUAAAUGUUUUGUCCAUGGACAGAUUCGCCUGACUAGACGCGCCUACAUUUUAUUUAAAGCACUUAAAUGGAUAUCAAGCCAAAGUGUUAUAUCCAUAAGGGAAGCUUAUCUCAUCCCACGGCGGAAACAAUCACCAGCCUUUGGUUAUUACUUAUGGAUUUCAUUCAGAGUAGACGGCAUAUUGCAUUUGACAGGAAUGAAAUGGAGCGUACGUCUAUCCCUCACAGGCUUGUUUUCAUUCAGGUCGAAUUAAAGCAGUCUUUCCCCCGAUUGAAUUCCACAGUACUUUCUCUGUACGUUAUUUCUAUACCUAUAAAUAGUUUAUUUUUAAAAGGAAAUUUAAAAAUUUAAAUACGUUCAGUGUAUGACUUUAGUUCUUCUAUGGAAUUCAAAAGAAGAUGCUUCGAAGAAUGUUUCGGCUGUUUUUAUCCAUACAGUGAAAGUCAACUGAGUGCAUUAGUUGGUUCUAGAAGUAUUUAUGCUGUUCAUUUUUCCCAAGCAUUUACAGGUAAUUAACCUUACAAAUAAGAUGUUUUUAAAUAUUUAUGGCCGUUAUAUUUAUAGUAUGAGCUAUAGUCCAAUCUCCAUAAAAGUUGUCAUGCUGCAUGGGCUCACCUAAUUUUAAAUUUGAAUUUUCGUU